CAAAAUAAAGAUAGUAACUUAUCAAUGUUGCCAAUAGCCAAUAGCCAUUUUUGUUUAAAUUCAAUGAAUCCAAAUGCAGAUAGAUGGUUGAGAGUAUUCUGCAAUAUGCAGUGGCCUUUAUAUGGAGGAGAGCCUCGGUAAAGACGAUGAAGUUGUGUGAGACUCAUGUUCUUAUCAAGACCACUCUACCGUUCUUUCUCCCAAAGCGCCGUCGCAGAUCAAAUCUUAGCCGCAAUCAUUCAAAACCGGCCGUUUGACGCCAUCGCCCCGGCUUCAACUACUCGACCUGUUUGGAGUGUGGAAACGGUUUCUGAGGUCCUACGCUCCAUCCCCAGAUUCCUUUUCCAGUCACCCAGGUCCAUUGGCCGCCAGGACGGCUUCCGCCAUCGCUCCCCUCUGAAACAAAGAAAUCUCAGACAAGAAUCCGACAAGGCUCUCCAUGGAAAACUCGUUCUCGGUCCGGCGGCUUACAGGGACCCCGAGAAAGUUCAGCUAGGGCUGGACAAAGCAUUGGAAUUUUUUGAUUGGGUUGAAACCAGUUGCGGUUUUACUCACAAUGACCUCACUUGCAGAGAGAUGGGUGUUGUUCUUGCGAAAGGCGGAGGUGGAUUGAAACUCCUCCUGGACUUCCUCAAGAAAAUGUCCAAAAGAGGGCUUGUCACCACACCGACCAUUACCUGUUUGAUAAAAGUCCUGGGAGAGGAAGGGCUGGCAAACGAAGCACUCUUCACCUUUUACAGGAUGAAACAGUUUCACUGCAGACCCGAUGUCCAUGCUUACAACACUGUCAUAUAUGCCCUUUGUAGAGUUGGGAACUUCAAGAAAGCCAAGUUUUUACUGGAGCAAAUGGAGUUGCCCGGGUUUAGGUGCCCACCUGAUGCAUUCACUUACACUGUUCUCAUCAGUUCUUUUUGCAGAUAUGCCAUGCAAACUGGAUGCAGGAAAGCUAUCAGGAGGAGAAUGUGGGAAGCAAACCACUUCUUUCGUCUCAUGCUGUUCAAGGGAUUCGUCCCCGAUGUUGUGACCUACAACAGCUUGAUCAAUGGGUGCUGCAAAACCUACAGAAUCGGGAGGGCGUUGGAGUUGUUAGAGGAUAUGGAGAAAAGGGGUUGUGCCCCUAACCGGGUUACGUACAAUUCUUUCAUUAGAUAUUACAGUGCAGUGAAUGAGACUGAUAAAGCUAUGGAGAUGAUGAGAAGAAUGCAGGAAGGGAAUCAUGGUGUGGCAACUAAUAGUUCUUUCACCCCUGUAAUUCAUGCCCUGUGUGAAGCUGGAAGGGCAGUGGAGGCAUGGGAUUUGCUUGUUGAGUUGGUGCAAGGAGGAUCAAUUCCGAGGGAAUAUACUUAUGCUCUGGUUUGUAAGGCAUUAGAAACUGCUGGAGAAAUGCAGCUCUUAGAUGGCAGAUUGUGUUCUAGAGUGGAAGAAGGUAUACAGUGCAGAAUUGGACAAGCAAAGAAACUGAAGCCUUUGUUUAGCCGGAAAGAUGUGUUGUGACAACAUUUGUUACAUAGUUUUGUGCAGUCUUUGGUGCCCAAAAACACCAUAAUAAUAUAUAGAGAAAUUAGUGUUUUAGUUUGGUUUUGGUC